AUGAAUUCACCAAAACCAAAUCAAUAUAUACCACUCUCAACUAGUAAUUUGUGUUCAAAUAACCUUUUUCGUAUUAAAUUUUUAACAGAUAAUUUUUUAAAAAUUAUAGCCCAAAAUUCAUCAUAUACUUCAGUCAAAUAUUUCAGAAUGUAG